AUGGCCAUGAAUUGGGCGAUUGGGGAGACAGCGAGAGCGGACUGGGUGAGUGAGGAUGGAGGUGAACAUGUGAAAGUGAGGUUGGUGAGUGACGGUGGAGAGAAAACUGGAAGAGAGCAGUGGAGGGAAUGUAAAAGGAAAGGUGGGGAGAGCAUGGGUGGAAAGGAAGAGGGAAGGUACAGAGAAGGUGAGACUGAGAGAAAACCUGAGUACAAAACAAAUCGUGGUCGAAUGGUUCAGUGGAUAUGGUGUUCGUUUACGGAGCAAGGAACAGAGGCCCGAGUCCCGAAUGGUAUGAAGCGAUCAGAUAGGCCAAAAACAGGGCCGAAUGGCGAAACGGAUAACGCGUUCGGCCAAGAAACCGAGGAAUGCGAGUUCGUUCCCGCAGUGGCAUCCGGACCAGCCAAACAGGCUGCACGGUGCAAAUGA